AUGGAAGUUGGCUCAGCUUGUCGUCUUGUCAACCUUGUUCAGCAGCUAACCUGUCAUUUGAUAUGCAGCUUUCGAGGUUCUGUCCCUCAAGGACUGGUCUUAGAAAUAGGAGAAACAGUUCAAAUUCUUGAAAAGUGUGAAGGUUGGUACAGAGGAGUUUCAACAAAGAAGCCUAAUGUGAAGGGGAUCUUUCCUGCGAAUUACAUUCAUUUGAAGAAGGCAAUUGUCAGUAAUAGGGGGCAGUAUGAAACUGUGGUGCCACUUGAAGAUUCUAUUGUGACAGAAGUUACAGCAACUCUACAGGAAUGGGCCAGUCUAUGGAAACAGCUUUAUGUGAAACACAAAGUAGAUCUUUUCUACAAACUACGCCAUGUGAUGAAUGAACUUAUUGACCUUCGAAGGCAGCUACUGUCUGGUCACCUGACACAGGAUCAGGUGCGGGAGGUUAAGCGGCACAUCACCGUACGACUGGACUGGGGUAAUGAGCAUUUGGGCCUGGAUUUGGUGCCUCGGAAGGACUUUGAAGUAGUGGACUCAGACCAGAUUAGUGUCUCGGAUCUCUAUAAAAUGCAUUUAUCUAGCCGACAGAGUGUGCAGCAGAGCACUUCUCAAGUAGAUACAAUGCGCCCACGCCAUGGGGAAAGCUGUCGGAUGCCAGUACCACAUCAUUUCUUCUUCAGCCUGAAGAGUUUCACCUAUAAUACCAUUGGGGAAGAUACUGAUGUCUUCUUUUCUCUGUAUGACAUGAGAGAAGGCAAACAGAUAAGUGAACGGUUUCUGGUAAGACUGAACAAGAAUGGUGGACCAAGGAACCCAGAGAAGAUAGAGCGAAUGUGUGCCCUUUUUACAGAUCUGAGCAGCAAAGACAUGAAGAGAGAUUUGUACAUUGUGGCUCAUGUGAUCCGAAUAGGUCGAAUGCUCCUGAAUGACUCCAAAAAGGGUCCUGCUCACCUGCACUACAGGCGGCCGUAUGGCUGUGCAGUUCUAAGCAUUUUGGAUGUUCUGCAGUCACUUACAGAAUUAAAAGAAGAAAAAGAUUUUGUUCUUAAAGUUUACACAUGUAACAAUGAGAGUGAGUGGACCCAGAUUCAUGAGAACAUCAUUCGAAAGUCAAGCACCAAGUACUCCGCCCCCAGUGCCAGCCAUGGUCUUAUUAUUUCCCUACAGCUUUUUCGUGGUGACAUGGAACAGAUUCGGAGAGAAAAUCCCAUGAUAUUUAAUAGAGGAUUAGCAAUUACAAGAAAAUUGGGAUUUCCUGAUGUUAUCAUGCCAGGUGAUAUCCGCAAUGAUUUGUACCUAACCCUGGAGAAGGGGGAUUUUGAAAGAGGGGGAAAGAGUGUACAAAAGAAUAUUGAAGUGACCAUGUAUGUACUCUAUGCAGAUGGAGAAAUCUUAAAGGACUGUAUCAGCUUGGGUUCUGGAGAACCAAAUAGGAGUUCCUAUCACUCCUUUGUUCUCUACCACAGUAAUAGUCCUCGUUGGGGAGAAAUUAUCAAAUUACCUAUUCCCAUUGACAGAUUCCGGGGCUCCCAUCUACGUUUUGAAUUCAGGCAUUGUUCCACAAAGGACAAAGGGGAAAAGAAACUCUUUGGCUUUGCAUUCUCUCCCCUGAUGCGUGAUGAUGGCACCACACUCUCAGAUGAUAUUCAUGAGCUUUAUGUGUAUAAGUGUGAUGAGAAUAGCACAUUUAACAACCAUGCCCUGUACCUUGGCCUGCCCUGCUGCAAAGAAGACUACAAUGGCUGCCCUAAUAUUCCCUCCAGCCUCAUCUUCCAGCGUAGCACCAAAGAGUCUUUCUUCAUUUCUACACAACUUUCUUCUACCAAACUCACACAGAAUGUGGACCUUCUCGCUCUGCUGAAAUGGAAAGCUUUCCCAGAUCGGAUCAUGGACAUCCUCGGGCGGUUGCGGCAUGUCAGUGGGGAAGAAAUUGUUAAGUUUCUGCAGGAUAUAUUAGAUACACUCUUUGUGAUUUUGGACGAUAAUACAGAGAAAUACGGCCUUUUGGUUUUUCAGUCUCUGGUGUUCAUCAUUAACCUGCUUCGAGACAUAAAAUAUUUUCACUUCCGACCUGUGAUGGACACAUAUAUCCAAAAGCACUUUGCUGGAGCCCUGGCAUAUAAGGAGCUCAUCCGCUGUUUGAAAUGGUACAUGGACUGCUCAGCAGAACUGAUUCGGCAGGACCACAUUCAGGAAGCCAUGCGGGCCCUGGAAUACCUUUUCAAGUUCAUUGUGCAGUCACGAAUCCUGUAUUCAAGAGCCACCUGUGGAAUGGAAGAGGAACAGUUCCGGUCUAGCAUUCAAGAGCUUUUCCAGUCCAUUCGGUUUGUGCUGAGUCUGGACAGUAGAAACUCGGAAACACUCCUCUUCACUCAGGCUGCACUACUUAAUUCUUUCCCCACUAUCUUUGACGAGUUGCUGCAAAUGUUUACCGUGCAAGAGGUAGCAGAGUUUGUGAGAGGAACCCUGGGAAGCAUGCCUAGCACUGUGCACAUCGGACAGUCAAUGGAUGUGGUGAAGCUGCAGUCCAUCGCCAGGACAGUAGACAGUCGCCUGUUUUCUUUCUCCGAAUCCCGCCGCAUCCUGCUUCCUGUGGUUCUUCAUCACAUUCAUCUUCACCUGAGGCAGCAGAAAGAGCUGCUAAUCUGCUCAGGAAUUCUGGGCAGUAUCUUCUCCAUCGUCAAGACCAGCUCUCUGGAGGCAGAUGUUGUGGAGGAGGUAGAGAUGAUGGUGGAAAGCCUCCUGGAUGUGCUCUUACAGACUCUGCUCACAAUCAUGAGUAAAUCACAUGCUCAGGAGGCGGUAAGAGGGCAACGGUGCCCGCAGUGCACAGCCGAGAUCACUGGUGAAUAUGUGUCCUGCCUCCUCUCAUUGCUCCGUCAGAUGUGUGACACCCAUUACCAACACCUUUUAGACAACUUCCAGAGCAAAGAUGAACUCAAGGAAUUUCUGCUGAAGAUUUUCUGUGUGUUCAGAAACCUAAUGAAGAUGAGUGUCUUCCCUCGAGACUGGAUGGUGAUGAGACUCUUGACAAGCAAUAUUAUAGUCACUACUGUCCAGUACCUGUCCUCUGCACUGCACAAGAAUUUCACAGAGACAGACUUUGACUUCAAGGUGUGGAAUUCUUAUUUUAGCCUGGCAGUUCUGUUCAUAAACCAGCCAAGUCUUCAGCUAGAAAUCAUUACUUCAGCCAAGAGGAAGAAGAUUCUAGAUAAGUAUGGAGACAUGCGUGUGAUGAUGGCAUAUGAACUGUUCAGCAUGUGGCAGAAUCUUGGUGAACAUAAGAUCCACUUUAUUCCGGGAAUGAUCGGUCCUUUUCUGGGUGUGACCCUGGUCCCACAGCCGGAAGUCCGGAACAUCAUGAUCCCCAUCUUCCACGACAUGAUGGACUGGGAGCAGAGGAAAGACGGUGGCUUCAAGCAGGUGGAGGCUGAGCUGAUUGACAAGCUGGACAGCAUGGUGUCAGAAGGGAAAGGUGACGAGAGCUACAGGGAACUCUUCAGCCUGCUAACCCAGCUGUUUGGGCCCUACCCCAGCCUUCUGGAGAAGGUUGAACAGGAAACAUGGCGUGAGACUGGCAUUUCCUUUGUUACCUCAGUCACCCGCCUCAUGGAACGCCUUCUGGACUACAGGGACUGCAUGAAAGGAGAAGAAACAGAGAACAAGAAGAUUGGCUGCACUGUUAACCUAAUGAACUUUUACAAAUCUGAGAUUAACAAAGAGGAAAUGUAUAUCCGAUACAUCCAUAAGCUUUGUGACAUGCACUUACAGGCUGAAAACUACACAGAGGCUGCAUUCACCCUGCUUCUUUACUGUGAGCUACUGCAAUGGGAAGAUAGGCCACUACGGGAGUUCUUACACUACCCAUCCCAGACUGAGUGGCAGCGGAAAGAGGGACUGUGUAGGAAGAUCAUCCACUACUUCAACAAAGGCAAGAGCUGGGAGUUUGGAAUCCCUCUGUGUAGAGAGCUGGCAUGUCAAUAUGAGAGCCUCUAUGAUUAUCAGAGCCUCAGCUGGAUUCGGAAAAUGGAGGCCAGCUACUAUGACAAUAUUAUAGAGCAGCAACGCCUGGAGCCUGAGUUCUUCCGGGUUGGCUUUUAUGGCAGGAAGUUUCCUUUCUUUCUUCGGAACAAAGAAUAUGUGUGCCGUGGUCAUGACUACGAGAGGCUGGAAGCCUUCCAGCAGAGGAUGCUCAGUGAGUUCCCACAGGCCGUUGCUAUGCAGCACCCCAACCAUCCUGAUGAUGCCAUCCUACAGUGUGAUGCUCAGUAUUUACAGAUAUAUGCAGUGACACCUAUUCCAGAUUAUGUGGAUGUUCUACAAAUGGAUAGAGUACCUGAUCGUGUCAAGAGCUUUUACCGUGUCAACAAUGUGAGGAAAUUCCGGUAUGACAGACCUUUCCACAAAGGCCCCAAGGACAAAGAGAAUGAAUUCAAGAGCCUGUGGAUUGAGCGCACCACACUGACACUGACCCACAGCUUGCCUGGCAUUUCUCGGUGGUUUGAAGUGGAAAGGAGGGAACUGGUGGAGGUGAGUCCUCUGGAGAAUGCCAUCCAAGUAGUGGAGAAUAAGAAUCAGGAGCUGCGAGCUCUGAUCAGCCAGUAUCAGCACAAACAAGUGCAUGGCAACAUCAAUCUGCUCAGCAUGUGCCUGAAUGGUGUCAUUGAUGCAGCUGUCAAUGGAGGCAUUGCACGCUACCAGGAGGCCUUCUUCGAUAAAGAUUACAUCUCCAAGCACCCAGGAGAUGCUGAGAAGAUUGCUCAGCUCAAAGAGCUAAUGCAGGAACAGGUCCAUGUUCUUGGAGUUGGGCUGGCAGUCCACGAGAAGUUUGUGCAUCCAGAAAUGCGGCCUCUGCAUAAGAAGCUGAUUGAUCAGUUCCAGAUGAUGAGGGCCAGUCUGUACCAUGAGUUUCCAGGUUUGGAUAAGCUAAGUCCUGCAUGUUCAGGCACCAGCACCCCACGGGGAAAUGUUCUGGCAUCCCAUAGCCCCAUGAGCCCUGAGAACAUCAAGAUGACCCACAGGCACAGCCCCAUGAACUUAAUGGGCACAGGCCGCCAUUCAUCAUCAUCUCUCUCCUCACAUGCGUCUAGUGAAGCAGGGAACAUGGUGAUGAUGGGUGACAGCUCUAUGGGUGAAGCUCCUGAAGACCUCUACCACCACAUGCAGCUUGCAUAUCACAACCCCAGGUACCAGGGCUCAGUCACCAACGUCUCUGUUCUAUCCUCAUCCCAGGCAAGCCCUUCUUCCUCCAGCCUGAGUUCCACUCAUUCAGCACCAUCCCAGAUGAUUACCUCUGCCCCUUCUAGCACCCGAGGCUCUCCCUCUCUGCCAGAUAAGUACCGACAUGCCCGGGAAAUGAUGUUGCUGUUGCCCGCACAUCGGGACCGCCCAAGCAGUGCCAUGUAUCCAGCAGCCAUCCUAGAGAAUGGACAGCCACCAAACUUCCAGCGGGCCCUGUUCCAGCAAGUAGUUGGAGCCUGUAAACCCUGCAGUGAUCCCAAUCUGUCUAUGGCUGAAAAAGGUCAUUACUCCCUACACUUUGACGCCUUCCACCACCCACUGGGUGAUGCCCCCCCAGCCCUCCCUGCCCGGACCCUGCGCAAGUCUCCUCUCCACCCCAUCCCAGCCUCCCCUACAAGCCCCCAAUCGGGCCUGGAUGGCAGCAACUCUACGCUGUCUGGCAGCGCCAGCAGCGGUGUGUCCUCCUUGAGUGAGAGUAACUUUGGGCACUCCUCAGAGGCCCCACCUCGAACAGACACCAUGGACUCCAUGCCAAGCCAGGCCUGGAAUGGCGAUGAAGACCUUGAGCCGCCCUACCUCCCUGUCCACUACAGCCUCUCUGAGUCUGCUGUCCUUGACUCCAUCAAGUCCCAGCCAUGCAGAAGCCACUCAGCCCCAGGGUGUGUCAUCCCUCAGGACCCCAUGGACCCCCCUGCGCUUCCACCCAAGCCCUACCACCCCCGCCUGCCAGCCCUAGAGCACGAUGAGGGUGUGCUACUGCGGGAGGAGGCUGAGAGGCCAAGGGGCCUGCACCGAAAGGCCUCACUGCCUCCUGGGAGCACCAAGGAGGAACAGGCCCGCAUGGCCUGGGAGCACGGCCGAGGGGAACAGUGA